UCCGCCCCUCGCGCAAGCCCCGCCCGGCCCAGCGCAGGCGCAGGCGCACUCCUUCCCGCGCUGGCGCGGAGCACGCGGGCAUGGCGGACCCCGAGCUUCAGCUGGUGGCGCGGCGGAUCCGCAGCUUCCCCGACUUCCCCACCCCGGGCGUGGUGUUCAGGGACAUCUCGCCUCUCCUGAAGGACCCCGCCUCCUUCCGCGCCGCCAUCGGCCUCCUGGCACGACACCUGAAGGCGACCCACGGGGGCCGCAUCGACUACAUCGCAGGCCUAGACUCCCGAGGCUUCCUGUUUGGCCCCUCCCUGGCCCAGGAGCUUGGCCUGGGCUGUGUGCUCAUCCGAAAGCGAGGGAAGCUGCCUGGCCCCACUGUGUGGGCCUCCUAUACGCUGGAAUACGGACAGGCUGAGCUGGAAAUCCAGAAAGACGCCCUGGAGCCAGGACAGAGGGUGGUCGUGGUGGAUGACCUUCUGGCCACUGGCGGAACCAUGCACGCUGCCUGUGAGCUGCUGGGCCGCCUGCAGGCCGAGGUCCUGGAGUGUGUGAGCCUGGUGGAGCUGACCUCACUCAAAGGCAGGGAGAAGCUGGCACCUGUCCCCUUCUUCUCCCUCCUGCAAUACGAAUGACCUCAGGGCCUCCCAGCCCAGCUUCUCCAGCUGGAGCCCAGGGAUGCUUUAGCCUUGGGCUAUGGGUCACCAGGGACCCCGGCCGCCCACGGGAACACAUCCCUUAGCUCUGGUUCAGCGCCUCUCCUGGGGCAAAGAUCAACCAUCCUGGGCCCAGUUACACACACAGGGAGAACACAAGUAAACAGUUUUGCCACA